UAUAUAUAAACGAAUUUCCUUUCGGAAAUGGCGACCUGAAUAAACGUUACAUAUUCCACUGUGAGAAAAUAAUAUCGUCAUGUAAAUAUUGCCUUGCAAAUAUUGUCAUGUAACAAUGAGAUAUAUUUGGUGAUCAUAGCGUUUUAAACGGGAUUUUAUGUUGGAAACGGGAAAAAGGAUCACUGCUGUUUUGGGACUGCUCUCAUAAGACUGUCAUUACGGUAACUGCAAUGCCCAGCCUGAUUCACAGGGAUUCAGGAAGUAAAUAGUAACCAGAAUGAGCCUCACUUUAGACGACUUUUGAGCAUAUGACUUAGGUCUCGAACACCGUUUACACCGCCUCGGAGCUCUAUUGUUGAUGUUCAGCGAGAUGAAGGCGUUGACGUUGCAGCCGACACUUGUCGGGGAGCCAUGUCAGCUCACCGCUGGGCGAAGCUUGACCUCCAACUAUGUGCCCCCUUGCUUGGAGAACAAGUUCUUGAAGCAGACCCCCUCGCUUGUACCUCCUCUGCUAUCCAGCUCCUCUCUGCAACCCUCCACUCUCACCUCCACCUCCUCAAGGCUUCUCUCAACAUCCUUCAUGCCCUCCUCUCUGCUCAGCACUGAGAACAAGCUUCUAAAAAAGGACGCCUCUUCCACGCUCACCCCUUCCACCUCAUUCCCCACAACCUCUCAGCCCCCGUGCCUCACCAGUCGCUUUUGUCAUCCUCCCUCAUUCCUCGGUGGUGAACAGCAGAAACCAGCUGUUCUAGAUGGAGGUGAAAAUGAAAUAUCUGCGGCAGAGCCCAGCAAUUUUGACCAGACGACUUGGUCUUCUACCAGCGAUGAUGAAACGUCUGAGGAGAUGGAGGGCUCUUGGUCCAGCUUGGUAGCACCAUUCCAUGUCACGGAUGAGAUGGAGGAGCCAGAUCAGGUUCUGGUCUGCAGGAGCGAGGAGUUUGCUGUGCUCGACCGAGGAAACCAGGAGAUUGUGAACAAUUUAAAGGACAAAAAGUACCUAUUCCUGAACAUGGUGUGUUGCUCCCUGGUGAGCAAGAACGUGCCUCCAGGAGCGACUAAGUGGGACGCUGAGGACAGUGUGUGGACCAAGAUCACAAAUCUGGUGAAGGAUAUUUCAGAGAGCGAUCCGCAGUUUGUCCUCAAGGUGGCAGUAUACACCCGUCAGGAGUUAAACAUAAGAAUUACCGCCAACUUCCUGCUGGCUCUCGCCGCCAACCUGCCCACCACCAAGUGUCACGUACGCAGAUACAUAUGCGCUGCCAUUCAGCUCCCAUCCGAUUGGCUGGAAGUGGUGCGGAUCUACACCAAGUGCUUCAGCCCAUCGCUGCCGAUGAGCCUGAAGAAAGGUCUGACUGACAAGUUCAAGGAGUUUAAUGAGUAUCAGCUGGCCAAGUACAACACACGGAAGCAUCGCUGCAAACACCCGGGGAAGGCUGCCAAAGCGAAGCCCAAACCGAGCCCCGAGCAGAUGAAGAAGUGGGCGGAGCUGCUCCGAUCGGAGCCAUCUUUCCUGGAGAAAUACCUGCAGUCAGAGAAGAGACAGGUGGUGGAUAAGAAGCAGGACCAGUUCAGUCUGAAGAAGAUGAUCCAGAGGCUUCACAUUAAAGAGCCGGCUGAACACGUGAUGGCUAUCCUGGGGAGGAAGUAUCCAUCAGACGUGAAGGCGUUCACUCACAGUGGGCUGAAGGGCCAGUGGGACCAUGAGAGGGCCGGGCAGAGGAUGAAGCUGAAGGAGCCGGAGACUUGGGAGCGGCUGCUGAGCCGAGAGGGCAACAAGGCUGCAACAUGGGAGCGUCUCAUCGAUAAUAAGUCCCUCCCCUUCAUGGCCAUGCUGAGGAACCUAAGGAACAUGAUCAUGCAAGGCAUCAGUGAGCGUCACCACCAGAAGAUCAUCAGCCGACUCACCAACAAGAAAGCUGUGAUCCAGAGCCGGCAGUUCCCUUUCCGGUUCCUUUCUGCCUACAAAGUCAUCAUGGAGCUUCGUCGCAUCGCGUGUGAAGCAAAGCAGGCCGUCCCGUGCAUGUCUGACAUUCUGACCAGCAUCCUGAAGAAGAUCCCAAAGAGCAGGCGCUACCGGAAUAUGGAGUGGGAGAAGACCAAGAAGAGCCGUAAGAGGAUGACGCUGGGUGUGCCGUACGUCUACCAGAUGUAUCGCGUUAGGAAGGCCCAGCUCAUCAAAGCCAACCAGCGUCACUACACUGUGGAGCUGCUGGAUCGCUACCGUGCAGCACUGGAGGUCUCUGUCCAGAUCUCCUGCCGCUACAACAUCCCGCCUCUACCCGGACGGACUGUCAUCCUACUGCCCUCUUCAUGGGUGGAUGAUGAGGCUUGGCUGAAAAAACUUGACUUCUGCCUCCCACCGGAGGAAGAGGAGGAAGACUCCGAGAAUGAGGAGAAGGGGGAAGAGGAGGAAGACUCCGAGAAUGAGGAGAAGGGGGAAGAGGAGGAAGACUCCGAGAAUGAGGAGAAGGAGGAAGAGGAGGAAGACUCCGAGAAUGAGGAGAAGGGGGAAGAGGAGGAAGACUCCAAGAAUGAGGAGAACGGGGAAGAGGAGGAAGACUCCAAAAAUGAGGAGGAGACAAAGGAGGAUGGGGAAGAGGAGGAGCCGCAGAACAGACAGAGUUUGAGGAGGAAGAAGAAGGAAGAAGAGCGAGACAAACUCACACCUUCGGCACAGGAGGUGGCGUCUCUCCUCGCUCUGAUGCUCGCCAGCUGCUGCGAGGAUGCUAGCAUCUUCAUCACUGAAUGGGGCCGUCAGCAUAAAGUCUCGCUCAAGUCAGACGUCCUGCUGGAGAACGUGAGGAGCGUGGUCAAGAGAAUGACGGAACUCCAGAAUUUGGACUCCGACCAAUCUGUCGGCGAGGAUGUCUUCCCUGCAAAAAGCAAGGUGGACAACGUCAUUAUGUUGACCAGCACCUCUGUGUCCUGGGACCUCCAGUGGCUGGUCCGCAAAUAUAGGGAGGAUGUCAACAAGAACGUACUCGCGGUGACUCUCUACUUAGCGGAAUGGUUUUUCGGACAGGAUUCCGAGGACGACCCUGGCAUGGUGCAGCUGGUGGGCUUCAGUGAGCAGAUGUUGAGGUUUGUGGCGGAACGCGGCUCCUCCAGGCUGCUGGAUCAUGUGGAACAUAUGGACAAGCUGCACAACAUCCCACCACAGCACGGCGCUACAGAGACCGCCAUGGUGGCCAACGUCUCCAUACCUGUCAGCCCAAGAGUUAGAUGGCGCACAGUCCGAGUCUUCAUCUCCUCCACCUUCAGAGACAUGCAUGCAGAGCGAGACUUACUCGUGCGCUUCAUCUUCCCUGAGCUCCGCCGCCGCGCCGCUACACACCGCCUCCAUCUGCAGGAGGUGGAACUGCGCUGGGGUGUGACGGAGGAGGAGUCUGCUCGGACCGUGGAGAUGUGUCUGUCGCAGGUCUGUCGCAGCCAGAUGAUGGUUGUGAUCCUGGGUGAAAGAUACGGACUGGUCCCGCCUAGACCCACCCUGCCGGGACGCCCGGAGUAUUCCUGGCUGGCUACAGCUCCGGACGGACUCUCGGUCACAGAGCUGGAGAUCCGUCAGUUCCAGGCCCUUCACUCGGACUCACUAGCGGAGAGGAUGUUCUGCUACUUCAGAGACACGGAGCUCAGCAAAUCUGUUCCUGCAUCGUGGAAAGCUGACUUUUCCUCCGAGUCCAAGGAGGCCCAGUUCAACUUGAACGCUCUGAAGAAUAUGCUUCGGAAGAGCGACGCAAAAGUCACUGAAAACUACCCCUGUCAGUGGGGGGGUGUGGUCGAGGGGAAGCCCUACCUGGAAGGCCUGGAGGACUUUGGAAAAGCUGUCUUACGAGAUCUGUGGGCCGCAAUCGUCAAGGAGUUUGUUAAGGAGGAUGAUGAGGCCAUGUCAGAUGUGCUGGAGCAGGAGGUCCACCAGGAGGCGCUGCAGACUCAGUGCUCUGGCAGAGGCAGGCAGCUGUUGGCCGCUGUGGAUAUGGUGCAGCAGAUCCAGCUGGGCGGAGGCAUGAUGUUGGUGGAGGGCGCUCAGGGAGAAGGCAAAAGUGUCUUCAUGGCGGCUCUUGGAACUGUCUGCAGCACUGGAGUAGUGCCCACAAAGAACUUUGACUACGACGCCAUCUUUUACUCUGCAACCGCCAGCCAAUCAGCUGCCUCUGCAGGUCACAUGCUCAGAUACUUGGUGAGGUCUCUGAGGAAGCUGCAGGAAAAUCAAGAUGAACCUCCAAUGCCCCUGGUUUACAGAGAUCUGCUGUCAGAGUUUCACAGCACCAUAAGGAACAGGAAGGAUAAGAAGCCUCUGGUGUUGUUGGUGGACGGAGUGGACCUGGUGGUGGACGGACACGGUCAGAUGAGCUCUGAGUGGAUCCCUCAGGACCUCCCUCCGAACUUUUGCCUGGUCAUGAGCGUCACAUCCAAUUCUGCGCUGCUCCACACGAUUGCCAAGCGGAAAGGAGCCAUCCUCUUCUCACUUGGACCACUGCCAGCGCGCGAGAGGAUGAAGAUAGUCGAGAAACAACUGGACGAUUUCGGGAAGAAGCUCAGCGACUCUGCAUUCAACAACCAGCUCCAGACUCUGGUCGGGAAGAAGGGAGCCGUGAGUCCUCUCUACCUGCGUCUGGCCUGCGAGCACCUGAAGAACUUUUCCACCUUUGACACGCUGACUCGACACCUGCAGGAGCUUCCAGCCUCUCUGGGCCAGUUGGUCCAGUUCAGCCUGGAGAGACUCUGCUCACAGCACCGUGCCGUCGUGGGACUCCGCUGGACUCUGGCAGCUCUCACUGUCAGUCCCUCAGGGCUGAGAGAGACAGAGCUGUACUCUAUAGUGAACGUGUGCAAUGACCUGGUCUCCGGAGGUGGAGCUGUCACGUGGCCGCAAGUGCUGAACCUGUUCAGGAAGCGUGAAAGUCGCAUUCCGAUGGCAACUUUCACCCAGAUUGCGGGGAGCCUGCAGAGUCUGGUCAAUCCGUCUCACUGCUGCAACGUGGACGACCUCCUGAACCUGACCCAUCCUGAGGUCAAGCAGGCGUUUGAAGACUUCCUCCUGCCCACUGCUGCGGACAGAACCAGAGCUCACCUGAUCCUGGCUGGUCAUCUGUGGUCACUGGCCGACAGUCAAGGAACAGAAACGUUCCUUCACUGUGAAGCCGCUUCAGUGCAGCAGCUGCCAGCUAGUCUAAUCGACUGUGGCCAAGUGGAGGUGCUGGGUUUGCUGCUCUCCAGCUUCUUCUUCCUGUACGCCAGCGUGAGACACAACCUACUGCACCAGUUGCUGCAGACCUACUCUCGCUACGAUGACCUGGCGAAGACAUCUGCUCUCAUGAGUCAGCAGCAGGAGGGUCUGGAGGAGUGUCGGAGAUUCCUGCAGCGGCACGCGGCCCUGCUCGGCUCCUGGCCGGCGCUCUUCAUCCAGCAGGCCCUCAAUGAGCCCGCAGAAUCACUCGCUCAUGUUUGGGCCCAAAUGAUGAUGUCAUCCUAUCACAUGCAAGCAGUGGAAUGGACCAACAACGAGCGGCAGAAGGGAGAGCUGAGCACGCUGGUGUCCACGUUCACCGAUGACCCGACGUGUUUGGUGGUGAGCUCGGAUGGUCAGCUGAUGGUGGUCGGCUCUGCUCAAGGAACACUGCACUUGGUCGACACACACACCCGACAGGAGGUGAAGUCCUUGGUUAGCAGCUGUGACGGCGUCUCCAGCUGUGUGUUCCUCAGCGAUGGCCGACUCGCCGUCACAUCCUUCGACGGACGGAUCGAAAUGUGGGACGUGAAGAGCGCUUGCAAGACGGCUCUGAUCGAAGGACACAGUAACACCAUCACUGCCAGCAGCUGCACAGCAGACAGGAAGCACCUCGCCACCGUGUCCUUGGACUUCACACUGAAAGUGUGGUCUUCUACCAAAGGCCACGAGGAGGCAUCCUGGCCCAGCACCAGCCCUCUGAACUGCGUGACCUUUGACCCAGAGGACCGCCUGCUGGCACUGGGCUGCUGGAGCGGCCAAGUGAUUGUAUGGAACUGGCUGCAGGACCGAACAGAAGCGAUCCUCACGGGUCACCUGAAGUCCGUCCGCUGCGUGUCCUUCUCCCCGUCCUCGUCGUCCAUGCUCUGCUCGGGCUCCAUAUCUGGGGAGGUGCGGCUGUGGUCGGUGCCGACCUCCACCUGUGUGGGAUGUUUCCAGGCCCACCGGGGCUCCACCGAGGCUCUCACCUUCUUGGACGACGGCGCCAGGCUGCUGACGGCUGGAUCGGACUGCAUGCUCCAGCUCUGGUCUGGGGGACUCGGGCGCUCUGUGGCGACGAUGAAGGAUGAAGAGCAGGAGCAGCAGCCUCCUCUGAAGAAGAGGAGGUCAGCGACCUCAGAGCCCGCUGCCUUGUGUGUGGCGGCGAGGGGAGAGUACGUCGCCGUGGGUUACCGUGGCAAAGGCUUCAGACUCUUCAGUCAGAACUCUGGCGAGCUGCUCUGGGCGCCCGAAUACCUCAGACUGACCAUUUACUCCUUGCUGUGGAUCACCGCACCGGUGGAGGAGACGACGGUGGAGCUGCUGGUGACGGCUGGUGCAGACCACCGGCUGCGGGUGUGGAAACAUGACGGCGAGGCAGGAAUGAGCGAGGCGGGCAUGUUCUCUUCGCAGGUGAAGCCGAUCCGGGCCAUGGCCCACAGCCAGAGCUACCUGGCCACCGGCUCAGACGACUGCACUGUGCUGCUGUGGAGGCUGAGCGAGGUCGUGACUGAGGAAUGCAGCGACCCCCACGACCAGCUGAACGGCCACAGUGGGGCGGUCACCUGUCUCACCUUCAGCCCUGACGGGGCCCAGCUGCUGACCGGAGGGAGAGACCAGGCCCUGGUGAUUUGGGAUGUGAGUACGACUCCGGCGGAGCUGACCAGGACGCUCCAUCACGCUCACAGAGACUGGAUCACCGGCUGCGUGUGGACUCCCGACUGUGUGAUGAGUUCGUCCAACGACGGACGGAUCCUCCUGUGGAACCUGACGGAGGGUCAUCAGCUGAAAGAACUCACCUGGUCCAGUCCUCUCUCCACCAUCUGCUCUCAGGGUCCGUACGUCCUGGCCGGAUGUUCCGAUGGUUCGCUCCACAUGUGGAAUUGGGAGACAGACAUGGAGAUCUGCCACAUUCCCGCCCACAAGCAGAGAAUCAACCACUGUUCCCUCCUGGCCGUCGACGACCAUCCAGAAGACAUGAAGGUGGCCACGGCGUCUGAGGACGGGGCGGUUCACCUGUGGAGUCCCAUGCAGGUGGAGCACUUCAGCAGCCUCCUGGGCCACAGCGGCGCCGUGCGCAGCGUCCUCCUGAAGGACAGCGCCCCAGAGUUCCUCAGCAUCUCUGAGGACUGCUCGCUGCGGUGCUGGACGUGGGAGGCAGAGACUCCUCCCAGCUUGCAGGGGCCGGUCACGGCGCUUUGCUUCGCCCCGAGCCACGGCCUGGUUCUGGUCGGGUUUGAGUCUGGUCUGGUGGAGCUGUGGCAGAACAGCAGGCCGGUCGGGAAGAAGCAGGCCGCGGACGUGGCUGUCACGGCCAUGUGCGUCUUGAGGGACGGAAACUUUGCUGUGGGCUACAGGAAACCCGGCGUCGACAUAUGGAGGCUGGAGUGGAAACAAGGACAGACCGCUGCCACCCUGCUAAAGGUCGACACACACAAGGCAGAGAACGGUGUGUCUCACCUCAUCCACUGCCACACUCUGAUUGGCAUAUCCUCCCUCGGACUCAUCUUCAACGUGUUCCACGGGAACGACGACUGGGGCAACCGCGCGUGCGGCUGGGAGAAAAGCGUGCGGGUCCUGGAUGUGGUGCGCAACGACGCCAAGAGCAUCUGGCUGAUGGGCGAGGACAAGAAGAACAUCCACGUCGGCUUCUUGUUUGCGAUGGGGCCUCCGAAGAAUCUCCGGCUGUCGUUUGAAACCGUCAACCUGCUGGGUGACGACUGCUACGAUAUGCAGAAGCUGUCGGAGACGACGACGGCCGCAACGCUGGACGAAGACUUUGUGGUGCGCGGCGACAUGACGGGGAACAUUCGGACCAGUCACACUCCUGACUUCACCUCCUGGAGCGACAAGAAGCCGGCUCACAGCGACCGGGUCAGCGUGCUCCGACUCACCAAAACCACCGUGGUCUCGGGCUCUCUGGACCGGACCGUCAAGAUCUGGGAGCGCAGCACCAUGAAACAGCUGGGCAUGUUCGUCUGCGAGGGCCCGGUCCUGGUUCUGGAGCUGAACCCGGAGAAUCCCAGCGAGAUGGUCUGUGGCGACGGACUGGGGAACGUCUACUUCCUGUCCUGGAGAGGAUGAUCGUGCUGGCGCUGACUGAGCUGAAACAUUUAAUCUGAAGCUUGAAAUAGAAUUAUAUAAUAUGAUUUAUAAUUGCAAGUGCCUUUGGUUUACAAACUUAGACAAGCUUUGUGUUGCUGCUGCUUUUGAACAGUGAAUUGCUUUGAGUUGAACAUCUGCUUUAUUAAAGGCCGAUCACCUGCACGACACUUUUUCCUUCGCGCCCUCGUCACACUGUGGCAGCAUGAAGAGUUCGUCUGCUUCUGUUGAGGCGAGCGCCGUGUGUUGGCGCCCUCUGCCGGUAGACCGUGAGACCUACCUGAAUCCUUCCGCUUCUCCAAACCAAACGGUUCCAGGCAACAGAUCAGCAGCAGCAUUUUGAUCACUUGAAGCUAAAGUGUCUGUAUUGGAUCAGAACUGAAACCAGAAAUGACCGACUGUCAAAGAGAGAGAGGAGCAGAGAUUCAGAGGAAGAGAUGAAAAUUCCCCAUAUUUCCCAGAGAAACGUGAGCGAAGGUCACUUCCUGUCUCGGAUGAUCCAGCAGAUAAAGACUGCAGCGUGGCCCCGGUGAGGAGAGUGUCACAAACUGGACGCUUUGUUUCUGGCUGUGUGGUGUUCAGACCACCUCGGAGCAGGAAGUGACAUCACCAGCAAGCAGAGUGAUGAGGAGACAGCGGCGGAAAUGAAGAGAGAGGAGAGUGUGAUGAAGGUCUCACACACGUCCGUCUGAGGCUGGCACAGACCGACAGCCACCAGCAGGGGGCGACUGAAGUGCCCGCCACAGAGUUUGAAUACCAGCUGGAACUGAUGCACAACAAAGGCGGCGGAUUGGAGGACUCGGCUCGAGGGGCUCGACUUCACUGCAAAUGAAUGCAGUGAAGACACAAAGGGGU